CGACAAUCCAGCACAUUAUAAUGCUAUCCGAUCCGAAAGAUAUCAUCGCGCGUCUGCAACAGUGGGGUGCCUGCGAUGUUGCCGAUGGCCUAUCCAAGCUGAAGUAUCCCAAUGGCGGCUUCCUCGAAGGCCUCACCAUGUACUCGCCACAAUUCCAAGCUGGUGAAACGAAGAUCGUCGGCCAAGCAAUGACAGUCAAGUUUGUUCCUAAAUCGGACGUUUCGUCUCCAAAAGUGCAAGGAAACUAUAUCAACAAAAUCCCUCAAGGCGCAGUGGUCUUCAUCUCGCAACCUCUCCCUCAAGUCAACGCUGUCUACGGCGGCCUCAUGACUUUGCGUGCUCAGGCACUUAACGCAGCUGGUGUCGUAAUCGACGGGCGUGUCCGCGAUCUGAACGAACACCGUGCGCUCAACUUUCCUCUAUUCGCAAAGUCGGUGGGUACAACUGCCGGAGGCGAAGUAUGUCGCCCUUCGGAGGUGAAUGUACCUGUUCGACUCAAUUCCGACAACCAAGAUGCGUGGAUUAAACCCGGUGACUAUAUUAUCGCCGAUCUCAACGGAGUUGUGCGACUUCCCCAGGAGCUUGCGGAACAGGUUCUUGAUGCUAUUCCGGCUAUUGCUGAUGCGGAUGCAAAGUGUGCAGAGGCUAUUAAGGCAGGUCGAUCUGUGGAGGAGGCUUUUAGGGAAUUCCGUGGUCGUUGA